AUGACCAUCAGUGUUGAAUCUUUAUCAUCUAAUCAACUAAAGAAUCACCUCACGUCAAUUAGUCAGCCAUGCAAGAGAAGUCAUCCUGUCCAAAAUCAACUAAUUGUGGGAAUGAAUAAUGGAAAGUUUCCGAACAACAGAAAUCUCAAAUGCUACACAAACUGCGUCCUUGAGGCUGCAGGAAUUGUGUCCAAUGGGAAGAUUAACUACAGGAAGACUUUAAGACAAAUUGAUGUGUUUUUUCCUCGAGAAAUGAAAGGACCCACCAAGAAAGCUUUGAAUAUUUGCCGAAGCUCAGUUGAUGGAAGAGACAACUGCGAAAGGUCCUACAGUUACAUCCAAUGCACGUACGAACAGAGCAAUAAGCACUUCUUUUUCCCUUAAUUUCAACGACAAAACAAAGAAGA